AUGAGAACAUUCUUUUUAUCAAUUUUUAUUAAUACGUUAGCUUUCACAGUAGGUAAUACGGACGAUCACCCACUCAAUACAAAUGAUUUAGUUCCCUCAAACAUCACACAAUCAAAUCUGUCUAUACUCAAAGCUUUACAAGUACCAGAUCACUUGCCAGAAUUCAAUUCCAAUUUUAAAGAAUUUGAAGAAUUAAAACUAGAGGAAGAAGAAGAAUUUAAUGCUGCCGCUGCAUUAGGUGAUCAUAGUGAUGAUAAUCAAGAUCAAGAAGAUAAUAUUCCAUUACAUUGUAAAAGAAAAGAAUUUGUGGUUCAUUCAUUAGAUGAUUUAAAUUCCAUAAUUGAAUGUGAAACCAUUAUUGGGAAUAUUUUUAUAUCUGAGUUUAAUUACCCUAUAAUAACAUUAACUAAUUUAAAUAAAAUUGAUGGGAAUCUAACAAUAUACAAAUCACCAGAAUUAGUUAGAGUAGAAAGUCCACAAUUAAAUAUUAUAACUGGAUGGUUUGAAUUAUAUGAACUAACUUCAUUAGCUUUAAUAAGUUUUCCCAAUUUGAAAAAAGUAAGUGUAUUAUGCUGGGAAAUAUUACCAAUUUUAAGUAAUGUACAAUUUAAUAAUGAAAUUCAAGGAAUUGAAAGUAUUACAAUAUCAGAUACUUCUUUAACUGGAUUUAGUGGGUUUUUAACAAACGAAUUAAAGAUUUUGGAUAUUAAUAAUAAUAGAUUUUUGGAUACUAUUGAAUGUAAUGUUGAAAAAAUUACUGAAUUAUUACAUUUAAGUGCAAAUUCAAAUGAGAUUAAAAUUAAUUUACCAAAUUUGAAAAAAGUUAAAGAAUUGAGUAUUAAUAAUGUUAAACAAUUACAAUUAGAUAAUUUAGAAAUUGUUGAAAAUUCAUUAAUUUUAAGUAAUAAUUAUUUUAGUUCUAUUAAAUUUCUAAAAUUAACUAGAGUUGGCGGUACUUUAAAUUUAUCCAAGCAUAAGGAUUUAGAAUUUAUUGAAUUUCCAAUAUUGGAAGAAAUUGAAGGCGGAUUAGUAAUUGUGAAUAAUAGUUUAAUUGAAAAAAUCAAUUUCUUUCCAAAUUUGAAAAUUAUUGGUGGUGCAUUAGAAAUGAAAGGUUGUAUAAUUGAUAUGCAUUUUAAAAGUUUGAAAUUAGUCAAGGGGAGUGCAAUAGUAACUUCUACUUCACCAAAUUUUGAUUGUAAUAAAUGGUCAAAAUCUAAUAUUUUACUUGUGGUAAGAGGUGGUAAAAUAGAAUGUACAAAUUCAGAUAAUGAAAAAAUUACAUCGAGAACAAAAGAAGAUAAAACUGUGAUCGAUGGUGGAGAAGAAAGUAAUGUUUCAAAUGAUGCAACAAAACCAGUUACUGUCGUUGACAAGACUUUUGAAAAAAUUAAAUCAUCACCAACCACUUCCAAACUUGGAGGAAAAAUUCAAAAACAAAAUACCUCAAAUUCUUACAAUUUUAAAUCAACUUGUGAUAAUACUUUGAAAUUAGCUGUUGCUAUUAAUUUUUUAAUUCUUUCAAUGUACAUAAAUUAG